UAACAUUUUUACGCGCAUACAUAAAUGAUCCAUGCCGUACCCAUCCGCAGGCACGUAGGCAACUAGUUGAGAACGAGAACUGACAAUUUUACAGUAACUUGACAAGAUGCUGACAUCUCGAGCACUGAUCCGGGGGUUGCAGUCCGGUCUCUGGAGAGGUGUGUCCAGCACCAGUGCCCUACAGGCAGGCCAUGGCAAAGCUGUGGACAUGAUGGACUGCACUGUGCCGCAGUAUAACAAUCGUCUGGACACUCCGCUCCCCGACGUCCCGUUCGUGACCAUCCUGGACGCCGGGCAGGAGAAGCUCAAGGAGAAGGAGAAGGGACCAUGGUCAAGCCUCAGCAAAGAGGAGAAGCUUGCAUUGUACAGAAUGAACUUUGAACUGACGUACCCUGAGAUGAGGAAGGGCUCUCACGAGUGGAAGACGGUGGUGGCGGGCAUGCUCUUCUUCCUGGGCUUCAGCGGGCUGCUGGUGUGGUGGCAGCGCAUCUAUGUAUUUGGAGACGUACCCCACACCCUGUCCCCAGAGUGGGUGGAGAAACAGACGCAGAGGAUGAUUGACAUGCGCGUCAACCCAGUGGAUGGCUUCACAUCAAAGUGGGACUACGAAAAGAAGCAGUGGAAAUGAAGGAAUGUAAUUAUUGUUCUUUGUGGUUUCUAGUGUUGGUAAUGUGACAAGAAACUCUGCUAUACAGCCUUAAAACCGAUGUUGGUUUCACAAACACACACACAAUGUAAUACAUUUAAAAAUCUGUCUUAAAAA